CCAGCAAUCACUCACCAGCAAACAAGCCUACAGCACAGCUUCAUCCUCACUCCAACCUCAACUCAACCGCCCACCAUCAACAUGCACUUCACCACCAUCGUCGUUUCCAUCGCUGCCCUCGCCAUGGGCGCCUCUGCUGCCCCAGCUUCAGGCCCCUACGACCCCUUUGCCCAAGUCCGCCUUUACCCUCAGUCCGACUGCGAGCAGCCCAAUGUUGGCUACCUGAGCGUCCGACGAUCCGGCAUCAACAAGUGUGGUCAGCUCGACGGAACCUACACCAUCAAGUCCUUGAACAUUGAGCAGCUAACCGAGAAUGCCAAGGGAUGCACACUCUACACCUUCAGCGAUGGUUCCUGCAAGGAGGACCGCCAGGCCGUCUCCGCUGGAAGCUGCCACACUGGCGCCAAGCAGUACGGUAGCUACCUCCUCUCUUGCGAGUAG